UCUUAGAGUGCUAUGAAAAGUCGGCGGCCUGACAAGACGAGCGACAUCGUCCAGAGAUGGUUCUUCGGCAUUCCGCCACUUCGUCUCUCCCGAUAAACGUCUGAAUCUGCACCGUUCAAGGAAUCAUGGUGAUGCAGACUCCGGCGUCCAUGGUGAUGGGGAUCGUCUUUGCCCCCUUGGGUCUCGUCCUCCUCUUCACUGCUGCUAUCACACCUCAGUGGAGAGAGGGCCACACACGUCUGGACUUGGCCAGGCCUGGUUUUGUUUUUCUCAGGACAGUGGUGAAAAGCCACAGUCCUGGGGUUAGGCCAGGAAUGACGGACAGUCUCCUGCUGAUCCGCUCAGAUGGGCUAUGGGAGAGUUGUCUGCAGCUGGAGCACUCGGAGCUGAAGCAGUGCUGGCCGGUGGCGGGUUCUUAUGAGCGAGACCGUCGGGUUCGCUUGGCGCAGGGCUUGGUCCUGACCUCCUUGUUCCUGUGCGGCACCGGUAUCCUGCUGGCCUGCAUCGGGGUGCGCUGUUGGACAGAUCUCCCGCUACGAGGCGUGGCUGCCACAGGUGGGGUCCUAGUGGUGGUGGCCGGGUUGCUCAGUAUCACCGCCCUGGUGGUCUACACCCACAACUUACGCAGGCUGGGGACGGAGGACACCAAGCAAGACCUGAACAACACUAGAUUGCCUCAGCUCAGCUUACGUCCGGCCGGCUCGCUCUACUUUGGGUGGUUGGGUUCGUGCUUACAGAUAUUGGGAGGGGGUGCCUUGGCGCUGAGCUUCAAGAGACCGAGAUGCAGAACCUGCCCGGAGUUUGCAGCCUGCCCUGCUUGUCAACCGUGCUCAGAGAUUCGCAGCAAGCCCGAAUCUGACAUGUAUGAAGUCAGCUGUUAGAAUAGGACUGUGACUUUCAAACUCACACAUAAUGGUAAUCCACUACAGGGGUUCUCAAACAUUUUGGGUCCAGGUACCAGAAUUAUUUCCAAAGAACACCCUCAUUAGGGCAAAGGUCGAAGUCCACAAACAAAGGUUUCUAUUUGCUUAUAGGUGCCUCACAAUGAAGCACUUUUUUUUUUUUACUUUAGACAUAGGCCCGGCCUGACUAAAUGAAGCUCCUCCCCUCAGUUUGACAUACGAGUUUGACCACCAGAUGGCACCAAAGCUACAGCAUUCAGUGAGACAUGGCUUUGGCCUGAGCACAAAAACAGCACAUUAGCAAGAUGUUUCACCAAAAAUUCAAGUAUGCCAAACUAAAAACAUCUUUUCUUUGAAAAAUAUUAAUUUAUUCAUCCUGUGAUGCCAUAUUACCUAUGUGCCAAUCAUGAGAUUUAAUUGGCCCAAAGCUAAGAUAAGAAGUAAUUGGCUCAGGAACUUUUCCAAACUAAAACAGCUACAGCUCACCAGUAGGUCCUCGUCUCCAGUUUAAGAACUUCUGAAACAAUGCGUCAUACAAAGACACUUCUCCAUCGCCUCGCUUAACUGUUGUAUAAGUGUGACAAUGAUGCCAUUCUUCAGAUGCUCGCUGCAGAUAUGACUGCUGUAUGACGAUGUUCUUGUGCCGCCUUUGACAGCCUCGCUUUGUACUGUUAGAAAAAGAAAAAAAAUCACGCUGCAUCUGAUCAUAACAACAGGGUGUCUCGUGUGUGACGAAGUUCCGCCCCCUAAAUUGGUCAACCGGAAUGUACAGUGAAGUGUUUUUGUUGUCUAUCACUACGCUACACUAACACAGUAUUGAGGUCAUAAUGAUGAAUAUUGUUAUGAAAAAAAAGUUCUAGCUCAUAAACAUAAAAAUAAAUAAAAAAAACUGUACGAUAA